GUUGCCAAGGGUCAACUUCCCGGGAACAUGCCCAGGAUCGGUUCGCUGGCCUCACUACUAGCCAGCUGAUGAGGAAGGCCCCCCAGUGGACUGAAGCAUGAUCUCCAUCACCGAGUGGCAGAAGAUCGGUGUGGGCAUCACCGGCUUCGGUACCUUCUUCAUCCUCUUUGGGAUACUCCUGUACUUUGACUCCGUACUCCUGGCUUUUGGAAAUCUGCUGUUCGUGACCGGCCUCUCCCUCAUCAUCGGCCUAAGGAGGACAUUUUCCUUCUUCUUCCAACGACACAAGCUCAAGGGGACCAGCUUCUUCCUGGGGGGUGUGGCCAUGGUGUUGUUGCGAUGGCCCCUGCUGGGUAUGCUCCUGGAGGCCUAUGGAUUUGUUAGCCUCUUCAAGGGCUUCUUCCCUGUGGCCUUUGGAUUCCUGGGCAGCGCUUCUAACAUCCCUUUCCUGAGCACGCUGUCGCAGAAGUUUCAAGGCUCCAGCUCAAUGGUCUGAACCGCGGAGAUGCGCUCCUUGAACUCGGAUCGUUGGUGGAGGGGCUGGAAGGGGCAUGGGGGUUAUCUUCAUGAGCCCCCUCCCCAGCACUGACUGACUUCCCAUCCCACAUGGGCAUCCCCAAGUCCAGAAGAAAGACGGAGCCAAGUGACUGAUCUUAAGCCCCCAAGUUCUCUCAAGAGGCGGCCAGGAGUUGAGAUCCUGGCCCUGAUACCCAGCUGAGGCUGAAACCAACAUUCCCAACCUGAAUUUAUGCAGGGGAGUGAAGAUUAAAUCCCCAAGCUGU